ACAACGUCACUCAGUUCUGGGUCUGCGCACGGCCUUGUAGCCAAACUAGAAAUCAUGCCGAUCAUUUUAUGGAAAAUAAUUUUUAUUUACUUCAUCACUACCAUAGGAGUGUCUAGGUGUUUUUGCGACAUAAUAAUACCAGAAGAAAAUCCAAAGAUACCAUCUAUUGCCAAAUAUUUCUGCACGAAAGGGAGGUAUGAAGAAGUGAACCCGUAUCUCAUAGAGGACAUACUUGCUGUCAACAGAUCUAUUUUACAGCCUCCGUCAAAGCAAUGUCGCGAAAUCCAUCUAACAGCCAUAAUAAGGCAUGGGACAAGAUUCCCGACGGCUAAAAACGUCAAGAAGAUGCAGAAGCUUUACGACCUGGUUAUGACCAGCGCCUCUGCCAAACACAGCUGGCUGCACGAGAUCCAGACACAGUGGACGAUGUGGUACACUGAGGACAUGGACGGCCGACUUGUCCAGAAAGGUGUGGACGACCUCAAGCAUCUGGCCAUCAGGCUGUCAAAGUUGUUCCCCUCAAUGAUCUCAGAGAAGAAGCUUCGAGGUGGAUUCAUCAAGUUCAUAACCAGCUCCAAGCACAGAUGUGUGAACAGCACAUUGUCCUUCAAGGCAGGACUGACAGAACUCUGGGACAUUAAAGAUGUGGAGUUUGACCAUGCAGUGAAUGAUGCUCUCAUGAGGUUCUUUGAUCUAUGCACCAAGUUUUUGGUGGAGGUUGAUAACAACUCGACAGCUUUGACAGAGGUGGACAAGUUCAAGCAGGGCCCAGAGAUGAAGAGGGUCCAGCAGAAGAUCGCAGAUCGUCUCGGAGUCCCAUACAAUCUCAUCUCGGAUGAUAUGGCGGAAGCUGCGUUCUACAUGUGUGCUUAUGAGUUUGCCAUCAAGACAGUAAACUCACCGUGGUGCCAGCUCUUUGAUGUGGUUGAUGCACAGGUUAUGGAGUAUUCAAUAGAUCUGAAGCAAUUCUGGAAAAGAAGUUAUGGAUAUGAUAUUAACAGCAAGUCAAGCUGCAUCCUGUUCCAUGAUUUGUUCAGCCGUCUGGACAAGGCAGUUUCUGAAAACAUGUCAGGCCAGCAAGUGACUGAAGCUGUGACAGUGCAGGUUGGUCAUGCAGAGACCCUCCUCCCGCUUCUUACCCUCCUGGGCUUCUUCAAAGACAGCAGCACCCUGACAUCAACCAAUUAUGCCUCACAGACCCAACGUUCUUUCCGUACCAGCAGCAUGCUGCCCUAUGCAGCUAACUUGGUCCUGGUGUUGUAUGACUGUGGGGGAGGCGACCUUAGACUGCAACCUCUGCUCAACGAGAAGCCGAUGACUUUCCUAGACCAGCAGGACUCCAUACCCCGUUAUCAAGAUGUUAGAGAGCAUUACAAGGAUCUACUGAAUGGGUGUGACUUUGAGUCUGAAUGCCAGCUAUUCAAUAAGCCUAGGUAGGCAGACAGAGUCAAUUCACAGAAAAAAAAAAAUAUAUAUAUAUAUAUAUACAUAUAUACAGUAUAUAUACAGUAUAUAUACAGUCAGUUCCAUAUAUAUUUGGAUGCAGACACAAGUUUUGUUAUUUUAACUCUUUACCAAAACAUAUUUAAGAUACAGAUUUCUAAUCAGUAUGGGCUUUAAGUUCUGUUUCUCAGCUUUAAUUUGAUGAUAUUCACAUCCAGUGAGGGGGAAAAGUUUAGGAAUUACAACUCUUUAAAUUUAAAUUUAAAAUAUAGCUGCCCUAUUUUCAAGGGACCAAAGGUAAUUAACUUUAAAGUUAACUCUAAGCCUGUUUCAUAGGCUUCAUAGGCUAUUCUCUCACGAAUCCAUCAUCAAUCAAGCAGGUAAAAGGUCUGGAGUUGAUUCCAGGUGAAGCAUUUUCAUUUGUAAUCUGUUGCUGUGGACCCACAACAUGCAGUCAAAGGAGUUCUUACUGGAUGUGAAACAGAUCAUCCAUAAGCUGGAAAAAGGAAAAAAAUCCAUCAGAGUGGUAGUAGAAAUGUUAGGAGUGACUAAAACAACAGUUUGGUACAUUCUGAGAUAAAAAAAAAAGUGUACUGGUAAGCUUGGGAACACAGAAAGGCCUGGAUGUCCAUGGGAGACAACAGAGGUGGAUCUUUGCAGGAUCCUUUUCAUAGUGAUGAAAAACCCCUUUACAACAUCCAGCCAAGAACACUCUUCAAGAAGAAGGUAUAUCAGUAUUUAAGUCUACCAUGAAGAGAAGACUUAUACAGUGGAUUCACUAUAAGAUGUAAACUAUUAUUCAGUCUUAAGAAUAAAAUUCCAGCUUACCCUUUACCCAAACCUAUAAAAGCUGGCUCACUCCUGGAACAGCAUUCUUUGGACAGAUCAAACUAAGAUCAACCUAAGAAAGUAUGGUGAAGGCUUGAAGUGGCUCAUAA